GACCAUGAAAUGGGAGACACCGACAUGACCAGUCUCAAUGGUCAUGGAGAAGGUCCGCAAAUGAACGACGACACCACUGCCUCGGAAAGCAUAUAUCAUGAGGAUAGUGAGCCGAGCGUUAUAGAAGAGACCAUUGCCCAACUGAAAGUACGGCGUGGUUUGCUUCCCACAGGUUGCUGUUACGAUGAUCGAAUGAAGCUUCAUAUGAAUGCCGACUUCAGUCCAAAUACCCACCAUCCUGAGGAUCCCCGACGCAUUCACGAAAUCUUCAAGGCCUUCAAAAAGAUGGGGCUUGUCUACACGGGACCAGAGUCAGAGCUGCCAAGAAUUAUGAAAGACUGCCCUACGAAAUACAUGUGGAGGAUUCCUGCUCGACCUGCCACACGGGAAGAGAUCUGCCUGGCCCAUUCUCCCGACCACCUGGCUUGGGUGGAAAGCCUCGACACAAUCAGCACCGCCGAGCUUCGUGAAUUGACAAGACGGUUCGACCAAGGCCGUGAAUCCCUCUAUGUUGGGAGUAUGUCUUACCCCGCCGCUCUUUUAUCCGUUGGCGGCGCCAUCGAAACUUGUAAAAGCGUGGUUACUGGACAAGUAAAGAAUGCCUUUGCUGUUAUCCGCCCUCCUGGACACCAUGCCGAGUUUGAUCAGCCCAUGGGAUUUUGCUUCUUCAAUAAUGUUCCGGUGGCCAUUAGGGUGUGCCAGCAAGACUACCCUGAUCAAUGCCGCAAAGUCCUUAUUUUGGAUUGGGAUGUCCACCACGGUAAUGGUACCCAAAAUAUCUUUUACGAGGAUCCCAACGUUCUUUACAUAUCCAUCCACGUCUACCAGAAUGGAAUGUUUUAUCCUGGCAAACCGCCAAAUCCCAUGACACCUGAUGGAGGUAUAGAACACUGCGGCACAGGUCAGGGAUUGGGCAAGAACAUCAACAUUGGUUGGCAUGACCAAGGCAUGGGCGAUGGCGAAUAUAUGGCGGCAUUCCAAAAGAUUGUGAUGCCCAUCGCGAAGGAGUUUAAUCCUGAUCUAGUGGUCAUUUCUGCCGGGUUUGAUGCUGCCGACGGAGAUGAACUGGGCGGCUGCUUCGUCACGCCUGCUUGCUAUGCCCACAUGACGCACAUGCUCAUGUCUCUCGCUGACGGCAAGGUCGCCGUCUGCCUAGAAGGCGGCUAUAAUCUCCGGGCAAUUUCGAGUUCCGCGGUGGCUGUUGCGAGAACUUUGAUGGGAGAGCCUCCGCCAAAACUCGCUCUCCCCAAGAUUAACAAGGAGGCGGCCAGAACCUUGGCAAAGGUGCAAGCAUAUCAUGCCCCUUAUUGGGAAUGCAUGCGACCCGGAGUCGUCGAUGUUCCUGAUGUUCAGUCUCUCAAUGCGGACAGGCUACAUGAUGUUAUCAGGAAUGCGCAGCGUCAAGUCAUGCAGUCAAAAUACGGCAUGAUCCCGCUUUAUAUCCAGCGAGAGCUGAUCUCAAAAUCAUUCGAGAAUCAAGUGCUAGUCACACCAAACCUGCACAAUGCACAAAAGAUCCUUGUUAUCCUACAUGAUCCGCCUCAAUUACUAGCUCAAGUGGACGUGGCGGAAACCACUGUAGAUGCUCAUAAUACGUGGGUGGUUGACGGGGUGAUGGAAUACAUUGGGUGGGCCGUUGGCCAGAACUUUGGAGUCAUGGAUAUCAAUGUUCCAGCUUAUGUUACCCAUGAAGAGGACAUUGACGCAUUCACUCCCGAGUUUAAUGAGAAAGAGAUACAGGAGCAAAUACAAUCUCUGAUUUGCUAUCUCUGGGACAACUUUCUCCAGCUUUACGAAACCAACGAAAUCAUCUUGCUUGGCGUCGGCAACGCAUACCUUGGGGUGAAGGUUCUUCUGAUAAACAGAGAUUGCAAAGACAAGAUCUCGGGUAUUGUCAACUUUGUGACUGGCAAUCUGAGACCCGUAAAAUCCGACGUUGACAACGAACUCUCUUCUUGGUACAAGGACAACUCGCGCGUCUACGUGGCGGGAGACCACGCCUGCUGGUCCGACCCCGACUUGACGCGAAAGGUGCACAAGAGACGAUUCGGAAGCGUCGUGCGCAGCAAGAUGGUUGGGCUAAACCACAUGAUGCAAGAGCACGCCGAGGAAGCCCAUGAAUGGAUCAUGAAGAGGGUUACGAGUCAUCCCGACGGAGACACCACGGAAGAGGACAACCCUUGAAGUCUCACUUUGCCGUGCGCCGUUACCACGGGCUGCUGUGUGCUGUUGGCUAACUAAUAACUCGUUUUUAUGAGACCUUUUUUUCAUUGCCAUCUAUGAGUCAGGUGUUGCAAUGCGCUUCUUCGCUGACGCUUGUCUUGUAAUACAUAGAAACCUUAAAUCAUAAGCGGCAUGCUCUGCAGCACAUCCCUCUCAUAUCAAAUACAGAUGACAUGACAGGCG